AUUAUCAUCGCUCUCAAUCUGCUGGGAGAAGUAGAUCGAUACCACUGGUUGCUUUUCGUUGCCGACCCCGAGAGCGAGAGAGGUGCAGGGACAAAGAUCCAUGUAACCGACCGACCUCUUGCCACCAGACCCGAAGAUCUUUGGCAUUUCGAGCACCAACCCUAUACGAUAAACUCCUCUCAGUCUGUCUGCGCAGCUGCGGUCAUUGGAAAGCUGCCUGCUGGCAAGACGGUUUCCGACCUAAUCAGCAUCGUGGACACUAUUCCGCUUAAUGAAGUACCCGCAGCAGAGAAACCAAAGGAGACCAAGUUCAGUUGCAGGUUGUGGGUGAGGGAAGCGUCUGCACGCCGCAAAGUAUCUCGUCUGUUCAGAUGU